UCGAUCCAAAAUGGAGAAAAAAUUUGAAGACUCGUUGAUGGGGUCGGCUACUUCCACCGGAAUUUACUCUCAAACGGUGUUUUCCGACGAGUUUCCGGUGGGUGGUUCGGGUUUUUCCGGUGUGUUCGACCUGCCAUGUGAUGAUGAUCAUAAAGCUUCUUGUUGUUCUUCUUCUUCUUUUGACUUGUUUGGUGGUGGGAUUGGAUUCCAUGAUUUCUAUAAUCCUUCUUCUAUGUUCGAUUUGCUUUCUACUACUGCUCCCCCCCUUCAGCCGCCGCUUUCCUCGCCGUCCUCCACCGUCCCGGAGUCCUCCGAGGUGCUUAAUGCUCCGACGACGCCUAAUUCUUCCUCCGUUUCUAAUUCCUCCUCCAAUGAAGCUUCUCCUAUUGAAGAGGUCGACAAGAACAAGACUUCCAAAAUGUUGAAGCCAAAGAAGAACCAGAAGAAGCAAAGAGAACGGAGAUUUGCUUUCAUGACAAAGAGUGAUAUCGAUCAUCUCGACGACGGUUAUCGAUGGAGGAAGUACGGUCAAAAGGCCGUGAAGAACAGUCCUUAUCCUAGAAGUUAUUAUCGUUGCACGACGUCACAAUGCGGUGUGAAGAAGAGGGUGGAACGGUCAUCGAGCGACCAUUCAAUCGUCAUCACAACGUACGAAGGCCAACACACCCACCAAAGUCCGGUAAUGCCACGAGGAAGCAUUCGAAUCCUAUCGGAAUCAACCAAUUGCCUCGUUGCCGAUCACGACGUUGCCACCACCGGAAUUCUGUUCCAACACAACGUUCCCGGCCAACCCUUCAUGUAUAACCCUCUGCAACCGUUUCUAACAAAUGAUUCAUCGUUCUUGAGUCCUCGUCCUCCUCCAUCUUCCGUUCCACCGCCAUCGUUGUCGUCUCGAGCUUCCUUGCUUCAAGACAAUGGACUUCUGCAGGACUUGGUGCCAUUGCAAGUGAGGAAGGAACCAAAAGAUGAACAAAAUGGAUGAAAAAUUCUCUUUUGGUAUGUUUAGAAAUUCAGAUCAGCCAUUUUCUUUUGUUUCUUUUAGUAGAUUAUAAUCCCACGAGUACGAAACGCUAUCUCUAUGAGUAUUAUAUUCUUUGUUUAUUAUGAACUUGGUCGGUUUUAGC